ACAGAUGAGGGCAAGGCAUAUUUCAGUUCAGCUUUUGCUGCUGCAAAAUCUAUGAAGCGAAACACCCAGGCCGUAAAACAGUUUUUGGAACUGCACUGUGAGCUAUGUCUGCCAGGCACAGAGACAAUCCACAAGACAAUACAUGUCAAACUGGACCUGCUGUGUUUUUCUCCAACCCUUUGAUGAGUGACGUUGAAUCAGACUGGUCUCCAAUUCAUGAUGCAGCAUUUAAUGGACGUCUCCUCAGUCUGCAGAACCUCAUUGCUCAGGGCACCUGUGUGAAUCUGAACACUCUGGACCGUGUCUCUGCCCUCCAUGGAGCAUGUAUACAAGGUCACAUGGCGUGUGCCAAGCUUCUGAUUGAAAAUGGGGCAAAUGUAAACUCUGCCACGGUGGAUGGCAAGACACCCCUGUCAGAGGCCUGUGCUCGGGGCCAUGUGACCUGCGUGUCGCUUCUCCUUCAGCAUGGAGCCGCUCCCCUGGGAACCAGCCAGGCCAGCUCUCCAAUCCACAGGGCAGCAGCCAAAGGUCACGCAGAGUGCAUCGACACUCUCGUUGAGUAUGGUGCAGAUGUGGAUCAGUGUUUUGACCAAUCAGGUUCCCCUCUCUAUGUAGCCUGCUCCAAUCGACAUCUGAGCACUGUGAGGAAACUGCUUCAGCUCGGUGCUAGUGUGAAUAACAGCAUGGCUGGUGACUCCCCACUGCACAUUGCUGCUCGUUUGUCCAGCCCUGAGCUGGUGUCUGUCCUGCUGGACCACGGGGCAGAUCGCUCCCUCAAGGAUUCUGAAGGCAAAAAGCCGCUGGACCACGCACCUCCCAGCAGCCUGGUGGAGAGGCUGCUGGGGCAAGCAGUAGGAGUGUCCCGUCUAACGCAGCUGUGCAGGCUGUACAUCAGAAAAAUUGUGGGCAAGGAGAGACUGGGUGGGAUUCAUGACCUUCAGCUGCCCACGGAGCUGAAACAGUAUCUUCUCUACCAAUCAGACCCGGGGGGUGAUCAAACCAGCUGAAAUUUCUCAGUCUGUUGCCUCUCUACUCCUGCUGUAUUUCACUUAUUGGUCAGUUGGGGGAGUACUUGCAUCAUGGUGAUGCCAGUGAACCUGAUCACUGCUGGGUUUGUUAUGGUGGUGGUAACUCUCAUCUCUGAUAGACUUCUGUAAACAAAUUGUCAUGUUUUUAACAUGUUCAAAACGGAAAAGAUGAAUGUCUGUUUUUGACUUUUUUUCAUUUCUUUAUCCAAAAAGCUAUUUUUAUAUACAUUCUCACAAGAUACAAUAAUCAGCACAAAAUUAAUAUAAAAUAAAGUAUAACACUGGAACAAUGAUGUUUACACUACACCAAUAUCUACCUUUAGCACAUAGAGGACAGAAAUAUUGAAAACGCUGUAUUCCAGAUCUCUCCUGCAGAGUCCAACUUCUCUGUUGUUUUUAUGUUGCUGUGUUGCAGCUCUUUUCAUCUUUUGUCCUACAAGAAAAUGUGUUUCAUAUGGAAUCAUGUCCAAUAGAUGCUCAUAUUGUGCUAAAACAUUUCCAGGGCUACGAAUCCAGAAUGUACAUGUUAUGUUCAAAAAUCAAUAAA